AUGAGCGCCGUCUGCACAACGAAGUUCUGCAUCAGCGACGCCAGAAGUGUCCGUACACCGCGUGCGGUCUACAUCAACCUCAACAAUUGGACAGAUUCGGAGAACGAGAUCGUGAAAUCGGCGGUUCCGAAAGUAAGGCGGAGAGUUCGGGUAGUGGAUGGAGUAUCGUGCAGGCAAAUGUACUUGAGGAGCUAUAAAUUUUCGAGGAAGAAGGAAUCCGUUGGGGAGAAAACGAAGAAGUGUUUGGAGAAAGUGAAGGAGAAAUUAGGUCAGAGAAAGAGGGGAAGUUUAGGAGAGGAUAAUAGGAAUUUGAGUCUGAAUCUGAAUCUUAAUCUUAAUCGGAAGAGGAAGAAGAGGAAUGGGAAGUGUUUGAUUUGGAAGAAGAUGAAGAAAUUUUCGUGCAGUUUCAUUAUGUUUGGGAUUUUUCGAAGGAUUUUGUCUUGUGCUGCGACUAUUGAUGUGGUAGAACAAAGUCGUGGAAGAAAUUAA